AUGGCUGCCGACUCCGGGGCACCGGGCGACGCCCCCGGCGCGGGUUCAUCGUCGUCGUCAUUCAUCGGCGGCGUCGAGAUCAAGACCCGGCUGGGCACCGACGUCUCCACCGGCGGGGGAGGUCGAUCGGGCCACGACAAGCUCCUCGAUCUGAGAGCCGAGAGGCACGCGGACGCGGCGCGCGCGGACCCGACCGACUUCGACGCGCACUACUCCUGGGCGCUGGUGCUGCAGGAGCAGGCGGAGCGCGCGGAGCAGAGCGGGAUGGACCCGAACCGCCGGGACGCGAUAUUGAUCGACGCGUGCGCCAAGUACGCCAAGGCUCGCGACCUCCGCGCUAACUCCAUCUCCACGCUGUACAACUGGGGCAUCGCUCUUGGCGACCGCGCGAGGCUCAAGGGGGACGCGGGCGACGCGGCGGAGGCGAGGGCGAUGUGGAGACAGGCGUGCGAGAAGUACCGAGCCGCGGUGGAGUGCGACGCGUCGCGGACGCAGAGCACGCAGGCGCUGAACAACUGGGGGCUCGCGCUCCAGCAGAUGGCGACGCUGGAGCGAGAUCCGGGGGUGCGCGAGCGUCGACUCCUGGCGGCGGUCGGGCGGUUUCGGGAGGCCAUACGGCGGGAUCCGGGGUUCCAUCGCGCGGUGUACAACCUCGGGACGAUCAUGUACGCGCUGUCGGAGCGCGCGCGGGGGCACGGGGGACGGGACCCGCGAGGAGGGAGGUCCGAACACGCGUCCAACGGAGGAGCGUCGAAUGUUCACCCGGAGGAUUCAAAUCAGCCGGCGCCCCUCGGAUCCGAGUCCGCGCCGACGAGCGCGGACGAGCUCCAGACCGCCGCCGCGAUGUACAUAUGCUGCGCGCAAGCGUCCGGCGCGAGGCCCGUGUACGCAUCGUCCCUCAGGCUCGUCAGGCACACCCUACCGCUCCCGGCGCUCCUCGCCGGGACGCUCACCACCGCGCCACCCGCGCUCGGCGUCGCCACCGCGCACAGCUGGCGGCGCCGGUGGUUCGUGCUGGACCACGAGGCGCUCUGGACGGGGGAGUCGUGGCCGGCGGACGUGGGCGCCGCGAGCGGCGGCGGCGGCGGCGGCGAUGGCGGAGCGGGCGGCGUUGGGGACGCGUUCGGGGCGGUCGGCGCGUGGAAUCAUUCCUCGACGUCGCCGCGGUGGGGCGGCGACGCCAUCGACCCGACGGACGACCGCGACGAACGGAGGGAGGAGAGGCGCGCGCGUCGAAGGCGUCGCGCCGCGGCGGCGGACGAAACCCUCGUCGCGCGCGAUGGACCGUGGGGGGUUCACGUCAAGACGUCCGACGUCGCGUCCGCGCAGCCGUGCGCGGAGUCGUCGCUGCCUCCCGGGUUCGCGUUUAGGGUGGGCAUGGCGGAUGGCUCGUCGCAUUACUUCGUGUGCGACGACGCGCCGGCGCGGGAGCGAUGGGUCGACGCGCUGACGCUGGUGCGGCACGUGGCGGCGCGGGGAAGAGGGGAGGCGCUGCGUUUAGAGCUCGUGAGCGACGCCACCGUGGCGCCGCAGCUCAGGAACAAGGGGCAAGGUAAGGCGCGGUGA